AUGUGGGGAGAAAAAGCUGUCCCCAAACCACCAACACCACAAGAGACAUCCGCCCCCGGCGCCGCGCUUCCUCCUCCUGGUGCCGCACCUCUCGGCCCAUCUCUGCCUCCCAUGGGGCCCGCAUCCGGCUGCACCUCGUCGCCCUCGUCGCCAUACACGACGUCGCGGUCUCUGAUCCACGACCUGACGCUGCCGUCGGUGCCGUGCCUGUCCAUCCCGUCCUCGCCGCCGCCGCCGGCGACCCCUCUCGCCAGCUGCCUGGCAACGUCGCAGAAAUUCGCGCAUUUUCUCUCGCUCAAGCGACAGGGCACCCACUUCAACGCCAAGCUGUCGCAGUCGUCGGCGCUGCGCAACCCGGCGCUGACGGACAAGUUGCUGCAGUACGUCGACAUGCCGCCGCCCGGUGCCGGGGGCGGCGGCGGGGGGAGGCUGCAGUAUCAGACGACGCUGUCGGCCGCCGUCUGGGAUCCAGCGGCCUUUCCGGCGUCGGCGUUUCGGGAGGCGCUGCGAAAGGGCAGGGACAGCGUCGCCAGGGACAAGGAGGCUCAGAGAACCGCGUGGGGGCGGACCAGUGUCGAGUUUGUCCCGGCAACGACGGCGCCGGCGGGAGGCGGGAAAGGAGACAGGCGAAAAGGUGGGUGGCAAUAA